UUGCGUCUUGGCGUGUUUAAUGUUGCCAAUAACGAGAGAUUUUUUUUAAGAGGAGGGGGGAGCGAGUACAUAUCGUGCUGUAAUUAGUUCAUUGAAAACUCAGUCGCUCGCGGAGCGGUCAGGCCGAGACUGCUCUUGGCUUUUUUCCCUCCUGCCUAAGGAUCUCCUGCGGAGAGCUGCAACAAUGCCCAAAAGAAAGGCUGCAGGUGAUGCGAGUCAGGAGCCAAAGAGAAGAUCAGCCCGACUGUCUGCUAUGCCUGUGCCUGUUACACCAGAGUUAAAACCUAAAAGAGCAUCAACUUCAAGGAAAAUGAAAACAACCAAUGUUGUUGUGGAAGAAAACAAAGAUGCAGGUGCCAUAACGAUUCCUGAAACCAAGCCAGAUGAUGUUAAAGAAGAAUGCAACAUGGAAAACGCUGAAAAUGGAGAAACCAAAAUUAUUGAGGUACCCAUUCCUAAAAUGGAAGCUGAAGAAGUAAAAGAACAGAUGAAUGAAGCCACUGAAGAAGAGGGAGGAGAAAAGAAAGAAGUGGCAGCAGAAGAAAAAGAUGAUGAGCUAGAAGAAAACAUUCAAAAUAUUGAGAAACAUGAAGAUGAAAAAGAAGACAAAGAUAAAGGUGAGGAGGUGGAAGAUGGAAAAGGGGAAGAUAUCCUAGAAGAGAAAGCAGGUGCAGCAGAGAUCGAAGAUGUAAAAGAAGACAAACAUGAUGAAGAGAAAGGAGACAAUGAAAAAGAAAAUGGCAAAAAAGAAGAUGGGGAAAAGGAAGAAGAGAAAGAUGAGAAAGUUAAAGUAGAGGAAGAAGUAAAAGAGCAGAAAGAGGAAAAGGAAAGUGGAAAAUGCAAAGAAGAAAAGGAAGAUGGAAAGGAAGGUCAGCAUGAGGAAGGUGGAAAGAAUAAAGAUGAUGGAAAAGAUGAAGAUAGAAAGGAGAAAGAAGAAAAAGUAAAAGAGUUUGUUGGUGAAGGAAAUGAUGAAAACAAGGUGGAAGCUGAAAACGAAGCUGAAAAGAAAGAAUUGAAACAAGAUGGAGAAAAAGAGGAGUCUCUGAGUAUUGCCUAAAACUGCCCUGUGUAAGAUCAUAAUUUGGUAAUAUGUACCUUCCUGUUGUAAUGUUAAUAGAGAUAAAUAUUUUUAUCAGAUAUUUUAUAAACAGUGCUUUUCUUUAGCAUCAUUCAAUCUUGGAACAUCAUCAUACAGGUUAUUAGUUGCAAAAUACCUAACAUGACACCUCUAUACAUUUUGUGAUUAUAGUAGUGCAAAAUAUAAAAUGUAUACUUGGAAUUUUGUGAAUUUCACUGUGUGUAAGUUAUGUAUUAAAUCUUUGAGUUUCAAUUUUAUUCUUAUACGUGAUAAUUUUGCAAAGUAGGAAAAUUUCAAAAGAAAAAGUUUGGUACAACUUUGCUGUAGUUCUCUAGGUUGCUUUUAUAAAGAAGGUCAACUAUUUUCAGGUAAUAGUAAGAAUUAGAAUUGCCAUUACCAAAUAUAACUUUAUUAGUACCUUGGAAAAAAUAUAAAAUUUUAAUUUCAUUUUUUGAAGAAAUUUGAAUGUCUAUUUCAGGAGGGCAGUUUUAAUUAUAUGUGUACGCACAAAGUUUUGCUGGAUUUAUCAUAAUAAAAAAGUUCCACGAAGAUAA